CUCGGCGUGAGCUAUGGCUGAGGCAAUGGAUUUGGGCAAAGACCCCAAUGGGCCAACCCAUUCCUCGACUCUGUUCGUGAGGAAGGAUGGCAGCUCCAUGUCCUUCUACGUGCGUCCCAGCCCGGCGAAGCGCCGGCUCUCGACGCUCAUCCUGCACGGCGGCGGCACCUUGUGUCGCGUGCAGGAGCCCGGGGCCGUGCUGCUGGCUCAGCCCGGGGAGGCGGCGGCCAAGGCCUCGGGUGACUUCAUUUCCGGGGCCGACCAGGCCCCAGAGACGAAGCCCGGGGCUCAGGCUGGGGACGCCGCCGCCACGGAGCCCGAGCUGCAGCCGCACACAGGGCGGAUCGUCUUCACGGACGUGGCCAUCUUGACCUUUGUGAAGGAACAUGCCUGCUCGCCCAGCUCCGUCACCGGCAAUGCCUUGUGGAAAGCGAUGGAGAAGAGCUCGCUCACCCAGCACUCGUGGCAGUCCAUGAAGGACCGCUAUCUCAAGCGCCUGCGUCCUGUUGGGGAGGCCCCAGUGAGCCCCUCCUCCCAGAAACUCAAGCGGAAAACUGAGCAAGACGCCGAGGAUGCUGAUAGCAGGGAACCACAGAAUAAGAGAACUCCAGACUUGCCUGAAGAAGAAUUUGAAAAGGAAGAGAUCAAGGAGAAUGAAGAAGCAGUCAAAAAGAUGCUUGUAGAAGCCACCCGGGAGUUUGAGGAGAUUGUGGUGGAUGAGAGCCCUGAUUUUGAAAUACAUAUAACAAUGUGUUAUGAUGAUCCACCCACACCUGAGGAAGACUCAGAAACACAGCCUGAUGAGGAAGAAGAAGAAGAAGAAAAAGUUUCCGCACCAGAGGUGGGAGCUGCCAUUAAGAUCAUCCGGCAGUUAAUGGAAAAGUUUAACUUGGAUCUGUCGACAGUUACACAGGCCUUCCUAAAAAAUAGUGGUGAGCUGGAGGCUACUUCCUCCUUUUUAGAGUCUGGUCAGAGGGCUGAUGGGUAUCCCAUUUGGUCCCGACAGGAUGACUUAGAUUUGCAAAAAGAUGAUGAGGGUACCCGAGAUGCACUGGUCAAAAAAUUUGGUGCUCAGAAUGCAGCUUGGAGGAUUGAAUUCCGAAAGAAAUAAUUGGCAAGAUAAUGAAAAAAAAAGCUUUGGCAGAUAAGGCAUUAAAAAAUUUUUUUGUGACUAUUGAACUUCAGAGAUUUUUACAUUGGAACUGACACUCAUCUUUUGACCAAAUGCUAUUGUUGCUCUGUGAGUCCUAGAUUUUGUAACCAAGCAAAGUUGGAGGAUGAAAAUAAAAGAAAUUGGAUAUAUUUAGAGCUGUUCCUGGCAGUAUCAAUGUGUUUGUAAAAGGAAAAUCAAAAACAGAGAGGUUGGUUUACAUAGUAAUAACCGCUUUCUGGAAUGGAAUCCCUGCUGUAUUGGUAAGAGGAGCUAGUGACAAAGUCAAAGGCGGAAAAUUAGAUGGGUCUUUUCAGAAAGCAUAAAUAAAGAGCCUCCUAUCCUUUGGCAGAAGCUUCUCUAGAUUAUGAUAGAUUCCAAAUCAAGAAUCUAGGAAUGUGGAAAGAUUUAAUUACAAGGCCUUUGAACAUGGACUGUCCCAAACCCUUGCAUACCCCAGUGAACUCUGAUUUCUGGGCUGCUUUGAAAACCCCAUAUUCCUUUUGCCAACUUAUAUUUGGGGAGCCUGUUUGUUGGCUGUUCUUUUCUUCAAGUCUGUGUCAGUUAAGUCUCUAGCAUGUAUUUCUUUAUCUACCAGCCAGUUUUGUUUAAAACACAAAAAUUUAGAGAGUCAUGGGAAAAGUCUCACUUAGUUACUAGUAAUGUGUUUUUAUUUAUUGAGGAUAGUUUUGUGCUAAGA